GUGUGAGACAAGAUCUUUUGGUAUUCAAAGUCUUCAAUGGUUAAUUACGGCUGAAAAUUUGUACCAGGGGACCCCGACAGAGUGGUGCAUCCGACAUGAGCAGGACAGGGACAUCUUAAUUAGGGGCUCAGAACCUCCCAAUGAGUCGGUGAAACAAAAGUCCCAUUAGUUUGUCAUUCAUGCUUUUAUUAGUCGUAUUCUUUUGGUGGAUCGGGUGCGAUUUCACUUCGGUUUACUUCGCCAGUCCCCUAUUUUGAAUGUCAAAGGUGUAGACAAACACGACAGGGGCCGAAGCCAGACAAUGGAGGUUAUUUUGUACACAGCAAGUACUACUCAGACGGAAUGAUUAGGAUGAAAAGGUGCGGUGACUGCGGAAGGCGGUGGGACGGCUCAUCACCUCAAUCAAAGAGACAGACGGUUUAUUAGCGGGUCGUGGAGAGCCACUAGACGACUGGCUGGUUCUCGGUAUAAAAAGUCUAAGGCAUAAUUAUUCAUCACCCAUUUCGUCAGACGAAACCUUCGCAGCAACAUCGCAUCUUACCGGCUCCCGCUCUUUGCUUUGCGACUGUUUCGACAUUUGGUAGCUGUUAUACCACCACUACUACGAUGAAACCUGUUCUAGUUUGUGCGCUGUUCUCGUGUGUUCUGGCCAGCGCCUUGGCGUUCUCGGCGGACCACGUCAGGAGAGCCUUGCUGGACAGGCUCGGGGGCGAGAACUUCCCGACUCUGACCGUGAGCAAGAGGGACGUGGAGGUGCCAGCGCACAUCCGAGCCAAGUACGAGUCCAUGCUGAAGCUUCACCAGGCCCUACACCAGGCCCCGGCCAGCCGUCGCAGGAAGAGGGAAGCCAGCCUGGCUACUCUGCUCCGCACCGUUCACAAAAAUCCAGGAAUCGUGGGAGACGUUGUGUACACGGAGACCACCCGGCUCACCUUCCACUUCAACGUGGCCGAGCGGCUGACGGAGGAGACGGUGCUCAAGUCCGCCGAGCUCAGGGUGUUCAAGCGCCUGCCCAACUUCUCUCACCACAAGCGGCUGCGGGCGCACCCUCGUGCCGUCAACGCCGCCCGCGUGUCCGUGUACCAGGUGCUGGCCACGGGGGAGGAGGGGUCCGCUAACAGGCUGCUCGACUCCAGACUCAUCCCCGUGAACGGUUCUGGCUGGGAGGUGUUUGACGUGUCUGCGGCGGUGCGUGAGUGGCAGGUGAACCCCAGCGGGAACCACGGGCUGGAGCUGUGGAUCGAGGGGGCCGCCCCCGGCAGGUACCCGGCACGCGUCGCCAAGAUGGUCGAGUUCGCCACCCAGGAGCUUCCCGAGGAGAACGAGCGCCGGCCCGAGCUCAUCAUGUACACCGAGAACUCGACUGACGCCAGUGGUGCACGCAACUGUGAGGACCUUCCCAGCAGAAGCAACCGCUGCUGUCGCUCCGAGAACUACAUCGACUUCACCGACCUGCCGUUCGCCGAGCAGUUCAUCCUGGAGCCCCGCGGCUACGACGCCUUCCAGUGCGGCGGCGGCUGCCCGAAGCGCGCGCGGUGGUACAUGCACAACGACCCCGAGCAGCUGCAGCAGACGUGCGGGGUGGUGAGGACGGCACCCCUCCCCGUCAUGUACCUCGUCAGCAGGGGCGACAAGACGGAGAUAGAGGUAGCAGACUUUCCCAACAUGAUCGUAGAACAGUGUGCGUGCACACAGUAAAAACUCGAAAGUCUUUCAACAACGAUGACUGUGCAAAUGCCGGUGUUAAAAAGCUAGAAGCCCGUUUCGUGUGGCAUAAUGAGUAUUUAUGGAGUGUAUAUAUCCGAGAUGAUCUGGACUAACGUUAUUGUGUGCUGUGGUAAUAGAUGCUGGGGCAAUACACAUCCGUCCUGGAUGUGUAUUGGGUUGUCAAACAAACUAAAGACCAACGUCUUGUAAAAGACUAUACAAAGUCAUCACUUACUGAUACAUUAUUAUAUUGGUAAAAUCGCAGUGAAACCUUAUUCUGACUCAGAAACUGUUGCAAAGCAUUUUUGAUGGCCUGUAGCCGCAAGUCUUGUGGAUGUGUAUUGGGCAUCUGUGGUGAUAACACCCUGUUCUCACCUAAUAGACAUGCUAAGCGGUAAACAGUCAAUGAGGCGGGACCCCUGGAGUGGGUACCCAUAGGGAUGUGUAUUGGGCCCUCUGCCCGUAACGUUAGGCAUGUGUUCUCAGUAUUACAAAUCUUUACUAAUUGUGUACCACUGUAUAUGAUUGCAAUUGUACAUUUCCUGAAUAAGUAAGCUUCUUUUACAAACUUAAAACCACGAAUGCUCUAUUGCUAUAGCACCUCCAACUGUUGCGUCCGAUCGAACCACUUUGUACAUAGACCUGCAUAGGCAAGGAAGGGGUAUACUUACUUGUUACCGAAAGAAAACGUGAUGUAAAUAUUGUAAUUACAGAAAACAUAUAUUUUUGAAGCACAUGAGACAAGCAUGAUUUAGUGUUCCUAUCCUUCAGAUGCUGAGAUUUAAGAAUUUAUGCUUCUUUGUAAGGAGUGAUUUUGGAGUAAAAAUAAAGUAUUUUGAAGUUUA